GGACGGCGCAGGCCCGCUUCCGCCGCGCGGGGGCUGACGGGAAGGAGGAGGGCGCCUCGCCAAGAUGGCGGCCGCGCUGCGCAUCCAGAGCGACUGGAGCCGGGCCCUGAGGAGGGACGAGGGCGAGGCCUGGCUGAGCUGCAGGAGCCCGGGGAAGCCGACGCUGUACGGCAGCCUGACCCGCCGCGGGCUCAGCACCGAGGGCGUCCCCGACAUCGCCGCCUCCGAGGGCUUCGUGGUCGGCGAAGUCACCAAGAAAAGCAUUCUCGUCUCUUGCCCCCACGAAAACGCGUCCACGAAGUUCCUGGCGCCCUUCGCGACCUUUCCCAGGAUUCACCGGAAAAGCGUUACCUGCCUUGAUAUUUCCAGCGGUGGAGGGCUCGGCGUGUCUGCCAGCACGGAUGGGACCAUGAAAAUCUGGCAGGCUGCAAACGGGGAAAUGAGAAGACUUCUGGAAGGCCAUGUGUAUGAUGUGAACUGUUGCAGGUUUUUCCCUUCGGGCCUUGUGGUUCUCAGCGGGGGAAUGGACGCCCAGCUAAAGGUCUGGUCGGCGGAAGACGCCAGCUGCGUCGUAACCUUCAAAGGCCACAGAGGAGGUAUUUUGGAUACUGCCAUUGUGGAUCGGGGGAGAAACGUCCUUUCCUGCUCCAGAGACGGCACUGCGCGGCUCUGGGACUGUGGGAAAUCCGCCUGCCUGGCCGUCGUGGCUGACUGCGGCUCCCCUGUCAACGGCAUCGCCGUGGGCGCUGCUGACAACUCGGUGAACCUGGGCGCUCCCGAAAAAACUCCCAGUGAACGUGAGAUCGGGACGGAAGGGAAGAUCCUGCUGCUGGCUCGAGAAGACAAGAAGCUCCAAGGGGUGGGACUGCAGAGCAGGCAGCCGGUGUUCCUCUUUGUUGGAUCCGACGCGUUCAACUGCUGCACGUUCCUCUCGAGUACUUAUUUCCUAGCAGGGACUCAGGACGGGAACAUCUAUCAGCUGGACGUGAGAAACACAAAUGCUCCAAUCCAGGUCAUUCAGAGAUCAGGAGCACCGGUGCUUUCUCUGCUUCCCUACCGGGAUGGAUUUGUUGCCAGCCAAGGUGACGGAACCUGCUUUAUCAUCCAGCAAGACCUUGAUUAUGUCAUCGACCUCACCGAAGCUGACUGUGACCCUGUGUACAAGGUGGCUUCUUGGGAGAAGCAGAUUUAUACAUGCUGCAGAGACGGGAUAGUGAGGAGAUACCAGCUUUCUGACCUCUAGGUGUUGUGAUCACUGAAUAGCAGAGAGAAGUGCUGAAAUAGCUGUUCCAAGCUUAUUUUCCUGUACAGUGCGUGUGAGAUGUGUCAAUAGAAGGCUCUGAGUGAUGACCAGGCUGUAAAUAGAGUUUUUUGGUGGGAGGGGGAUACCUGUUAGAACACAACCCUGUUUUUUCAUUGGUAAGUGGUCUGAGGUGUUAGGUUCUUGGCAUUGCAGCAAUUUUUUCAUUUUUUUUUAAACUAUCGCGUAGGUAACUGCUGUUUCUGAGGGGGGAUUAAACUGGGAUUGGGCGCGAUGGCCGUGGCUGUGCUGUGGUAUGGACUGAAAUAAAGCAACUGCUUUGGUAA